CCGAACAACUUUUAGUGUCCUCUGGACAACGUCUUUACAAUGAAGCUGCUUCUAGUGUGUCUUGCCAUUGCCCUUUUCGGUGCCACUGUGGCCGAAAAGGCACGGUAUGACAACUACCGUGUAUACCGGAUCCGGGUCCAGACCGAUCGGCAGCUGGAGCUACUGCAAGCCAUCGAACAGUAUCCCGAUGGUUACACGUUCUGGAACGAACCGACCAAGGUUGGAACGGAAGUGUUGCUUGUAGUGCCACCGCACAAGCGUGGCCAUUUCUCGGACAUUCGUGCGCAAUACACACUGCGGGCCGUGCUGCAGACCGCUAACCUGCAGGAACAGAUCGACCAGGAAUCGCGUCCCUCUCUGCGCAAGGAAACGUUUGGCUGGACGGCGUACUACCGGACCGAUGCCAUCUACGCAUGGUUGGACAGUUUGGUGGCUAGUUACCCGAGCGUGGUUACCCCACUGAACAUUGGCAACAGCUUCGAGGGAAGGCCGAUCAAGGGAGUGAAAGUGUCUUACAAGGCGGGCAACAAGGCCGUCUUUAUGGAGGGAUUGAUCCACGCUCGAGAAUGGGUCAGCGGAGCCACGGUGACGUGGGUGCUGAAUGAGCUGCUCACCUCCAGCGAUCCGAAGGUGCGUCAAAUUGCGGAGAACUACGAUUGGUACUUCUUCCCGGUGACGAACCCGGACGGUUACGAGUACACGCACACGACCGAUCGUCAGUGGCGUAAGACGCGAUCUCAAUCGAGCGUUCUUUGCCGUGGAGCAGAUCCCAACCGGAACUGGGCGUACAAUUUCAUGCAGGGUGGUGCAUCUAGUGUACCCUGCUCCGAUACGUUCGCUGGUGCGAGUCCCUUCUCGGAGAUCGAAACCCGUCAGCUGUCCGACUUUAUCGCAACCCUGGACAACUUAAGCACCUAUCUUGCGUUUCAUUCGUUUUCGCAGCUACUUCUCGUCCCGUACGGACACACUACGGCACGGCUCGAUAACUACGAUGAAACGAUUGCAAUUGGUACAAAGGCGAUCAACAAACUGCGGGAGCGUUAUGGCACGACCUACAACAUUGGAAACAUUGCUGAAGCGAUCUAUGUAGCCUCUGGAGGUAGUAUCGAUUGGGUGAAGGGAGUACUCCGCACUCCGCUAGUCUAUGCGUACGAGCUGCGCGAUCUUGGACGGUUUGGAUUUGUGCUGCCACCGGAACAGAUCAUCCCGACGGCUGAGGAAACGCUCGAUUCAAUCAUUGUGAUUCUCGAAGAAGGUGCAAACUAUGGCUAUCAUUAACCGCAGCAAUGAAACAUGUUAGUCUUCCUUGUUAACUUUAGACCUUGAAAACAGCUUGCGCUCUGAAAACAGCUUCUUCGUCCAAUAAAUGCUGAAUGGAGAAAAUA